AUAGAACCUAAUAAAAGCCCGGAUGCAAUAAAAGCCCGGAUUCCCUGAUAGAAGGUCAUGUUACAAGGGAUUUUGCUGCUUUUGCAGAAUGUCGACUGGAGCGAGCCGUGGAUUAUCGGUCUUCUAGUUUUUCAUAGUUUGUCGACUGGCGCUGUUUUCUUGCUUUAUAAAACGCAGGCAUUCAACAUACAAGUAGCCUUGUUUGGAGUUCUAAUGGUAUUGGCUUGCUUGACGGAAACUGUAAAUGAGUAUGGUGCAACACACUGGAAGCUGUUUGCCAGACAUCAGUAUUUUGACACUAACGGUUUCUUCAUAACAUGGAUGUAUGCAGCACCAAUAGUCGUCAACUGUUUACUGAUUAUUAUAAUGUGUUCAAUGGGGAAAUGGACAAACAGGAGUGGUAGACAGAUGAGAUUGGUGGAAUGCAGAUAUAAGGACGGAUGGUAUUUGCAGACAGAGAGAGGCAAACAAGGCUGAUUCAACAGAUACAGAGAGAUGGCUGGCCAGACAGACAGACUGACGGACAAACAGACAGACAAUAGAGUUGCUUACUAGUUGUGUUGUAUGUAGAUUUCAAUGUUGAAAAUGUAUGUAUUGGGUAUUGGAGAAACAGACAGACUGACUG